AUGCAAAUAUAUAGGGAAAUAUUGCCAAUACACGAAAUUAAGAAGUGUAACUAAUUGAACUAAUGUAAAUUAACGUUAUUUUAAUGAAAUAUUUGUGCGUCGUUCUAGACAGUCUUUUGUUGGGUUUGACUUUAUUAUACUCACUUGUUUAUUAAUUUUUUUUUUAUUAGGCUUUAAAAUUCGGAUGCAAGCUUAAACGAACAAGUUUACCAUAAUAUGUCAAAUUUCCGUAAGAAAUUUUAACCUCGUCCAUUGGCGUAAACCUUAAUACAUCAAUUUUAAAAUCGAGUGGGGAAAUUUAACCGUUUUGUAUUUGUUUUGUAUAACCUGAUUUGCUGUUAAUGUGUAUAACCUCCUUUUAUAGGAGAGAAGACCCGGUUUUAUCCCCUGACCCCUUUUUGCCAUUUGGCGUAAGAUGUUAUAAAAAACGCAUAAGCAAAUAUUUAUCGUGAACGGAUUUUAAAAUGUUUUAUUAUUGCAAUACUAUUAAAAACGUUGACAGCUGGGAUCUGUCAAUGUCCACUUCUUCGUGAAUCUUAAAAAACCUGGUCAUAAUCUUGAAAUGGCCAAAACAGGGUCGUUGACAGCUGGGAUCUGUCAAUGUCCACUUCCUCGUGAAUUUUAAAAUAGGCAAACCUAUAUCAUAAUCUUAAAAUGGCCAAAAACCUAGUCAUAAUCUUGAAAUUACCAAAAACCGGGUCAUCUGCCCUACGGGAUAAUAAAACAUUAUUUUUCAAAAUAUUAUUUUGCCAUUUCCAGGUGUCAACACGCACCGGUAUCGUGUCACACUACGUCCGUCUCCAGAUAGUGGUUCCGGAGGCAUUCAUCCUUGGCUCCGGGGAGCACCACGUUGACCUGGGCAGCGUGAUACAUCUUAUAUGCAUCGUGGAGAAGAGUCCAACACCACCCCAAUACGUUUUCUGGUACCACAACGAUCGGAUGAUCAACUAUGACGCGACCCGCGGCGGCAUCACCGUGGAGACAGAGCCGGGUGCACGCACACAGUCGCGUCUUACAGUGCGAGGUGCCACGCUGAAGGACUCCGGCAAUUACACCUGCAGUGCUAGCAACACUGAGCCGGCGUCCAUACAUGUCUUCGUUUCAGAAGGCAGUAACAAAAUGGCUGCGAUCCUGCGGCGCAACACCAGUGCCAUACACGGGAUAACGUCUAGCGCCACCUGCCUGUUACUAUUCGCAUCCGUGAUGGUGCACUUCGGUCUGCGAUGA